ACUGUUUGUUUGUUCCUCAGGUGUGUUUGGUGCUGAAGACGCAGUGAAGACAGUGUCAGUGAUGGAGGGAGAUUCUCCCACUCUAAACACUGAUGUUACUGAAACACAGAAAGCUGAGCUGAUACUGUGGACGUUUGGACCUGACAGCACUCGUAUCGCUCAGAUCAACAGACUGGUCAAUAUGGUCUCAUUAUACAGUAAUGCUCUUGAUGGGAGAUUCAGAGGCAGGCUGGAGUUAGAUGAUCAGACUGGAGAUCUUACAAUCAGAAACAUCAAAACUGAACACUCUGGACUUUAUGAACUACAGAUCUUUGGCGGAAAUGUGGUCACAGCCCAAAAAUUUAGUAUUAUUGUUUCUGCUCGUCUGCCAGUUCCUGUCAUCAUCAGUGACUCUUCACACUGUUCUUCAUCAUCAUCAUCGUGUUCAUUGGUGUGUUCAGUGUUGAAUGUGUGUGAUGCGACUCUCUCCUGGUACGCAGGAAUGAGUGUAUUGUCCAGCAUCAGUGCGUCUGAUCUAAGCAUCAGUCUCUCUCUACCUCUGGAGGUGGAAUAUCAGGAUAAAAACACCUACAGCUGUGUGCUGAACAAUCCCAUCAGCAACCAGACCACACAUGAGAAACUCAUAUAA